GUUCAGGUCACCACAGAUUACUUACAGCUGUGGUGGUAGGUUCAGAUACUCCAUCAGCCCUUCCGCACCUGGAUGAUCGAGCCCAAGAAUGGACUGUAAUCUGCAAAUAGCCUCUUCUUGCUGGAUUAUCGUCCUUGUGUCGGUUUUCACGCUCACAGAAAACCGGUUAGUGUACAAUCAAGCCUCGAGUGCAACAGAUUUUAACACGUCGGGUAGGACCAUCCGGCCCGAGGCGGUCAAACAGCAGCAAAGCGCGGAGCUCCUUGUGCGUCCUCGGCCUAUUGUGGUCAGGUGUCACCCGCACUCGAUGGAGGUUGUGGUGCAGGCUGACAUGUUUGACACAGGCCUUCAGGUGGAGGGCAGACAUCUGCGCCUGGGCUCGGAUUCAGUGGGUGAGGAGGAGAGUGCAUGCAGACCGUUCCCGUCAGGAGACGCUGAAUUCACCAUCAAGGCCCCCUUGAUGGAGUGUGGAACUAAACUCUCAUCGACCAAACAGAAGAUUAUCUAUUCUAAUGUUUUGACCUACUCACCAGAACCUACAUCCAGUGGCAUUCUUAGACUGGGUGGAGCAACACUUCCAGUUGAAUGCCAUUAUGAAAAGAGUUGCACUGUGGAUGGAGUUUCUCUGCAUCCUAUCUGGGUUCCUUUUGUCUCCAGGUUCUCAGCAGAUGAUCAGAUAGACUUCAGUCUGCAACUCAUGACUGAUGAUUGGCAGUUGGAGAGGGGAUCUUAUACAUAUUUCCUGGGUGACCCUAUUCAUUUGGAAGUGUCUACCAUCAGCGGUAACCAUGCACCUCUGCGAGUCUAUGUCGACCGCUGUGUUGCCACAGCAACUCCUGAUGCAGAAGCAGCCUUAAGAUAUGACUUUAUUGCGAAUUAUGGAUGUCUUGCUGAAGCUUACCUGACAAACUCCAGCUCCCAUUUCCUUCCAAGAGUUGAGGAGAGCAAGCUGAGAUUUCAGAUAGAUGCCUUUAAGUUCUAUCAGGAGCCAAGCAAUCAGGUCUACAUAACCUGCUAUGUGAAGAGUGUUCCUGCCAUAUUAUCUGUUAGCCCUCAAAACAGAGCCUGCUCUUUCAUUGAGAAGAGAUGGAGGUCAGUUGAUGGGAAUGACUGGGCUUGUGAAAGCUGUGAUGUCUCCUACCUGGUUGAGGAUCAUCUGUCCACUGUGCCUCCCAAAACUACUAUAAGCACCGAAACCUCAUCUAGCAUGACUUCACAGGAAGGUUUAGUUCAGAAUAGACCUAAGCAACCACCAGUCGAUUACAUCAGUGUGCGUCCGGGGUGGUACCAGAGCCAGCUCUACAAACCUCCUCAUUCCUCUGCUGUGCUGAACAAAGGGCCAGAACACAGAUCAGAGAGAAUUACACAACUGGGGCCUCUUACUGUCCUCGUACACAGCAGAUUUGCCACAAGACCAUCAGAUUCCAAAACACUAUUUUCCACAGAACAACAACAGAGACAGAAGAUUUCAGAUUCUCAAAGAUAACAUGGUAAUUUCACUGCUGUUGCAUAUGGGGCAAAUAGUUUGAGCACAAUUUAAAAUGCUCGAAUACUGAGCUCAUCAACUGGAAAAUAAUCUCACUUGAACUAAAGUGUUGUUUUUUUUCCCUGUGGGACAGCACAUUUUCCAAGUAUGUUAAAAGAUCACUUUGUUGCAGUUAUUUUGUUCUUGUACAAAUGGCAAACCUUUUUCCAACAAACUUUUUUUGUUAUUGUUGCCUGUACAAGCACCGGUUUUCUCUGUUUGAUAUCUGAUCUUUACAAAAUGGAGCAUCCUGUGGAUCUGGAUCCAACAAUUUGAUAUGGCCUUGGCAAACAAUUUAAUUAGAAUUGGGUUUUAAGCACUCAAGCUCAUUAGCCCCCAAGCAACAGAAGUGGAUGUCAAAGGGAUGUGUUGUGUGUACUUGAACACACACAAUGCAUCUUUUUGACAUCUACCAUAAAACCAACUAAUUUGAACUGAGGAGAAAGCAGAUAUGCUGUUAGGGAGCACUUUCCUCCAUUACUACCCACAACCUACUCGUCAUGUAGUCACAUUGAUUAUUGUGACGGUCUAUGAUGUAAUAUAAAAUGUUUGCUCUGUCAUAUCCAGUGAAGUGACAGUCACAGCUCUUGGUUGCAAAGGCAUCCCUUUUGAAAUUGUAUUAAAAUGUAUACACUUAAGCAUUUUUGGUCAGGUUAUGUGUUUUGUGUUUAGAAUAAUAAAGAUGCUUAUUACUGGCUAUUGAGUAGAAAAUGUACCACUGAUGUUUAGGUUGUGUUGUAGCAGUCUACCCAAAAUCUCUGGCAGAGAUCGAAUCCAGGUUGACAGAGGCAGCACUUUGCACUUAAAAUGUAUUAUAUACUGUUCAGUCUAAAUGGAGGAAGACCAAACCCUUGCAGCCUCUUAAGGAAUGACCUGCCUUAACCCCAGAAUAAAUGCAAAGCAUUAUUAAUAUUGCAAAUGGAAAUUAUUUGUGCUCUUGCCAGCUAGAACACUUAAGUUAUUUGGGUUCAGUUGAGUCAGCACCUCGGACAGCGCCCCUCAUUGUUUUCCCCCAGUGGGCGUGUUGAGCCCUGUCCGUGGUGCUGAAACGUCAACCCCGACUUCCUCAGGCUCCCUCACCCUCACAAUUCAUCAGAGGUCAUGUCUCGGUGCUUCCGACAAGACUGGAUGAUUUCCUGGGCGCCUGUUUACUUUCAUAUCCAAUGAACGAGCAUUGUAUAAAAGACUGUUUGUGAUUUGCUAGACGGCAUCAAUGUACCUACUAAGUGCAUAAUAAAUCUGAGGCACGUUGACAUAGACUUG